GCAGAACCACUUGCAGCGGCUGGAAAGUCAUUUUACUGUGGGGUGGUGAAGGUCGGAAGGCAGCGGUGUAGCAGAGCAGCAGAAAUGGUUGACGCAUUUCUAGGAAAAUGGAUCUUAAUCAAAACGGAAAAAUUUGACGAGUACAUGGCUGAACUAGGAGUGGGUAUGACCCUAAGGAGCUUGGCUAAAAUGGCUAAACCCACGACUACAAUUUCCAAGGACGGCGAUACAAUCACCAUAGCAACCGACAGCACGAUAAAAAGCACAAAGAUUCAUUUCAAAUUCGGGGAGGAGUUUGAUGAGACCACAGCUGACAAUAGGAAAACCAAGACUACAGUGGUAAUGGAUAAUGGCAAAAUAGUCCAAACACAACGGUGGGAUGGAAAAGAAACAACCCUGGUUAGAGAACUGAUUGAUGAUAAACUAAUAUUGACUUGUACCAUGGGAGAUACAGUGUGCACGAGAACCUAUCAGAAGCCAAAUUGUUGAUCUGGAACAAGGAUUGGAUUGGCUCUUUUUCAGUGAUCCACACUUGCUGCUUUUCUACUGGAGUAUCCCCUCAGUAUUUUGUAUAAACUAGGACUGUUCUUUUUCAUGACAUUUUUUGGUUAUACUUUGUAGCCUUGAACUGUUUUUUUUUAAAAAGUAAACUUCAUGGGUUAUGCUAGGAUUUUGUAUGACUUUGAAAUCAAAUGUAAUUGAGUGCAUUCCUUGAUAUACUUUCAUUAUGGAAGCAUUAAACAUUUCUAAUCUGAAAUGGCAUGAUUAAAUAUGGUUCCAUGACCUUUAUGCUAAUUAGAUACUGUGAUAUUCUUCAUAGAAAAUAGCUAAUUUUGGGUAUAAUCGUGAUAACAUGAAGGAUUUUAAUUCUAGGAAGAAAGAAAUGUGUAAUUUCUCAAGGCUAUGCAAGGUGUUCCCAGAUGCAUAUGAUUAAACAAAUUAUUGCUCAAUAGUGGGCAAUUAAGAUGUUAAGCAUUACUUAGCCUAUUACUUGUUCAAUUGCCAUGUAUACUUACAAAUACAAAUUGUACAUUGCUCGCUGUUACAGCAUGUGCCUACCUGAAAUUCUAAUUUCUGAAGUUAUGGCAACCCUUGCAAUUUUUCAGUAUUAUGGAAGUUAAUACACAAUAGAGCCAAUGUACAAAAAGAAUGGUCCUGUGUACAAAUGGUGGGGGGGAAAAAGCAAAUUUGUGCAGCUUUAAUAAAAUUUAUGAACAAAGCAA